GCCUCCGCUUCCUCCUCCUCCGACUCGGACACCGGCGGAGCCUCCCCGCCCCCGCGGAAGAAAGCCCGGGCCUCCCCGGCGCCGGCGGCGGCGGAGGGAGCAGGAGAGCCCGGGGCUUCCGCGGGCAGAGCAGGCCUCACCUCGUCCCGGUCCCCCUCGCUCCCCGCCCCGCUCCGAGGCGGCAGCAGCGGCGCCAUGCAGGCCAACGGGGCGGGAGGGGGCCAGCAGCCGCCGCAGGGCCCCGAGCUGGGUUGCCUGGGCGCCCAGAACGGCGAGGGCACGGCGGGCGGCGAGCAGCUGGCCCACGCCAAUGGGCUGCUGCCCCCCGCCGCCGGCGUCAACAACGGGGUCCCCGCCGCCGGGGGAGGGGGGGGGGCUGGCCCCGCCGCCGCAGCCGAGCUGGGGGGCGGCGGUGGCAGCGCCCUCAAAAAGAAGAAGCGGCUCUCGCAGUCUGACGAGGACGUGAUACGGCUGAUCGGGCAGCACCUCCAUGGGCUAGGUCUCAACCAGACUGUUGAUCUUCUCAUGCAAGAGUCAGGAUGUCGUUUAGAACAUCCUUCUGCUACCAAAUUCCGCAAUCAUGUCAUGGAAGGAGAAUGGGAUAAGGCUGAGAACGACCUGAAUGAACUUAAGGCCUUAGUGCAUUCUCCGCAUGCAAUUGUGAGGAUGAAGUUUUUGCUGCUGCAGCAGAAGUACCUGGAGUACCUGGAGGAUGGCAAGGUCCUGGAGGCACUUCAAGUUCUACGCUGUGAACUGACACCUCUGAAAUAUAAUACAGAACGCAUUCAUAUCCUCAGUGGGUAUCUGAUGUGUAGUCAUGCAGAAGACUUGCGUGCAAAAGCAGAGUGGGAAGGGAAAGGAACAGCUUCCAGAUCUAAACUUUUGGACAAACUCCAGACGUACCUACCCCCUUCAGUGAUGCUUCCUCCAAGGCGUUUACAGAACCUGCUACGUCAGGCCGUGGAACUACAACGGGACCGGUGCCUAUAUCAUAAUACCAAACUAGAUAGUAAUCUAGAUUCUGUCUCGCUGCUAAUAGAUCAUGUUUGUAGUAGGGGUCUGAGAUCAGUUUGUGGUGCGCUGUACAUGCUGCCAUGCUUGGGCAUAAUGAGGAAACAGUUCCCAUGCUAUACACAGCAGAUACUAACGGAGCACUGUAAUGAAGUGUGGUUCUGUAAGUUCUCCAAUGACGGCACUAAACUAGCAACAGGAUCUAAGGACACAACUGUUAUUAUAUGGCAGGUUGAUCCAGAUACUCACCAGCUAAAACUACUUAAGACGUUAGAAGGUCAUGCAUAUGGUGUCUCUUAUAUUGCUUGGAGUCCAGAUGACAACUAUCUUGUUGCCUGUGGCCCAGACGAUUGUUCUGAGCUUUGGCUUUGGAAUGUACAAACUGGGGAGCUGAGGACGAAGAUGAGCCAAUCUCAUGAAGACAGUUUAACAAGCGUAGCCUGGAAUCCUGAUGGGAAGCGUUUUGUAACGGGAGGUCAGCGUGGACAGUUCUAUCAGUGUGAUUUAGAUGGUAAUCUCCUUGACUCCUGGGAAGGGGUGAGAGUACAAUGCCUUUGGUGCUUGAGUGAUGGGAAAACUGUUCUAGCGUCGGACACACACCAGCGAAUUCGGGGUUAUAACUUUGAGGAUCUUACAGACAGGAACAUAGUCCAAGAAGAUCACCCUAUUAUGUCGUUUACUAUUUCAAAAAAUGGCCGUUUAGCUUUGUUAAAUGUAGCAACUCAGGGAGUUCACUUAUGGGACUUACAAGACAGAGUUUUAGUGAGAAAGUAUCAAGGCGUUACACAAGGAUUUUACACAAUUCACUCGUGUUUUGGAGGUCAUAAUGAAGAUUUCAUCGCGAGUGGCAGUGAAGAUCACAAAGUGUAUAUUUGGCACAAGCGUAGCGAGCUGCCAAUUGCGGAGCUGACAGGGCACACACGUACUGUUAAUUGUGUGAGCUGGAACCCGCAGAUUCCAUCCAUGAUGGCCAGCGCCUCUGAUGACGGCACUGUUAGAAUAUGGGGACCAGCGCCUUUCGUAGACAACCAGGAUAUUGAAGAGGAAUGCAGUAGCAUGGAUAGUUGAUGGCAAAUUUGGAGCAGACGACUUCCGUUUAACUUAAUUAGUCGUAUUUUAAAUGGCUUGGGAUUUGGUGCAAACAAACAUGAUUGAUAGCUGGACAGAUAUGCUCGUCAUGAAAAAGAACCAUUUCUGAAGCCCGGUCGGGGCCAAACAUUUACCACCUUGCUUCAUAGUACCCAGUCGAGAUGAAGCACGUCGUUAGAACGUUGUUGGACACUGUGUUGAAAUUAUCCCCCCAUCGGUUGUGAAGAACUGUGCUACAUUCAGGCUAACCAUUGAACUCAGUAUAUAUAUUUUUCCCUCCUGCCUUUUUGUCUGGCAGGCUACUGUUCUUGUUGCUCUUCUGUGUAAUGAAGUUUAAGUGCUUGUUUGGAACACUUUAUUUAACAGUUUAGAAGGCUUGAUAGAAAGAGUGCUUUAGUCUGAAGAGUAUACAUUGGAUAGGAAAGUAUUUCCUUCUCUUGUUUCUCAAGUCUCUCUCCGCCUUACUUAAGCUUGAGAUCUUUGCAGCUUGGUUCAUGGAUUCUAGCCUUGCCCGUUGCGCAGUAUAUAUAAAUUGAGAUGAUAAACCAAUGAACUAUGUCAAAAGCACUCUCAGUAUCACAUUUGACAAAAAGUUUUGUACUUUUCACAUAGCUCGUUGCCCUGCAAAGGGGUUAACAGCACAAUUUUUUAAAAAUAAAUUAUUUAUAGGAUUAAAAUGACUUCAUUUGUAUACAUUUGGAAUUAAAACAAUGCAAGAAGUGUCCUGAAACACAGUAUCACUGAUGCUUUUCCAGAGUGUCUUGAGACCCAAUCAAAAGCAGUGGCUGGAAGGAGCUUUAGGUAGGCAGUGAAACUUGGUUUAGAAGGAGAAACUCACUGUCCAUCUUUACAGAUGUUUAGGGAAAAAGUGUUCAGAGUGCACCACCAGACUAAAAGUUUAAUCAAUACAAGGUCUUUUUGGGUUUUCAUAAUUACAUAAAUUUAUGCAAUGAUGCUGAUAAAAGGUAGGCUACACCUUGAGGGAAGAAUGUGUUGAAUCCAUUCUUCACAAAACCAAAAUUUUGUAAAAGUAAUUAACAUACAAAUAAUAAUUAAGUGCUUGUAUUAUGAUGGAAAUUUUCCUUUGAUAAACAAAGGUGUAUAGAUUUUUUUUUUUGUUUAAUAUACUUUUAACUUUGCAAAUGUUAAUGCCUCUCCCAGACCUUGUUGCAAGCUGGUGCUGUGAACAUUUUGACCCAUCUAAGAGUAGUUCCUUUAAUAUCCCAUGUUAAGAAAAGAGAAAGACAUUUAUAAUUUAAGUAUUUAUUCUGCUUGACAUAACCAGAUGCCUUGGCAUCUCUGUGCUUCUGCACUGCACACAAAUUCAUUUUGGGGUGGCACUAGAUUACCUUUUGCCACCUUGGAUAGAAAGGUAGUGUUGGUACUGCUGUUAAAUAAUGCUGGAGCAGGGAAAGGCUUGCCACCAAGAAUGAUAUGAACAGAAGUGUGGACUUCAUCCUUUAAUGAGGUAAUAAUCUAGUGUCCUUAUUAGUCAUGUGUGGAAGAAGGGUGGGGGAAGGUUUGCUGAAGUUCUUGGGAAGUGUAGCUACUUUGAUGAAUGGGAAUGUGGUGUUUGACAUAAAUAGUCCCCUUUUUUCUUCCCCAGAAAAACGAAGUGAAGCUUAGCAGGUUAGAUAUUUUUUUAGGUUCCAGCCAUCAGAUGGUGGGGUUUUUUUUCUUAACUUGUGUGUAAACUUAAACAUGAUUUAAGAUUCUGAUACUUUGGUUGAGACCAGCCCUGACUCUGAAAAUAAGAACGUUAAGUUCCUACUUAAUUUUGGAGGUUCUAAGAGAGGAGUAUGUCAAUCUAGUACAUUUGUCUUAAUUUUAAGGUGAAUUUCUUUGACAGUGAUUUCUGUUCAACGGUACUGGGAAUACAUGUGUAAACUUACGACUACGAAUCAGUUCCUUCUCCCAUCAGCUAGUUCCAGAGGAAGCUGUUUGUUUAUCUUCCUAGUUCAAACAGUGUAAGAUUAGUCAGUCUUGUUCCUAUGGCAUCAGUGUUGCAGGGAAACUGACAACUUCCUGAAGUCAAAUUUGGAGAAUGCUAAACCUUCGGUUUAAAAUAAAAAUUGAGUACCUAAAUUGUAAACAGUGUUUUAAUGUUCAAAACAGGGUAUAACUCAUAACCAAUGCCAGCAUGUGAUUUUUUUUUUUUUUUUUAAAGUCACCCUAGCAUUGUCUUACUUGAGAACUUAGGUUUUCAAACAAAACAUUGUUUAGGGAGAGUAAAAAGGGUAAUCCUGGAUUUGAUGUCUCUUAACAAUUCUUACACAGUGCUCUGGCAGUACUUGCUUACCUCGUACUCCUGGGACUAAAGUGGGAACUUCAGGCAGGACUGAAGGCUGGAUCAAAUCUCAAAUUUAGAUUUAAAGUCUCAUACCCUUCAACAGGCAUUUUUGUUGUGGCCAUACCUAAACAACAUGAGCCUUCUUGCCUGGUACGAGCUGUGCAGGGUAUAUAUGGGCUGAUGCCUACUUUCCACCACAAUGUCUUAUAAUUAGAAAUGUAGUAGUACUCUUGCCAAAGUACUGCCCCAUUCUGGGGUUUCUCUUCUGGACUUUGUUUGUACCUCUAAAAUACACUUCAGGUAUUUAGAAAUAGAAUUAGAGAGAGACACGUAUUCUGAUGCUCCCCUUCAGUUUCGUGGUGCGACUAUGCAAUGUAAAGGAAAGCUCCACGUAGACAGCACAGUGUCCAGAGUGUCUUGCUAACAGUGCAUUGCGUAGCUGUCUGCUGCUCACAGCUGUUGAGCAGAGAUGAGAGAAAGGGGAGAGGAAUCUGCACUUCACCACACCACUUGGUCCCACAGUAAACCCAUGUUCUAGAUCUAGCAGUAAUUACUGCCGUGUCACCCUGAACACUGAAGAGUAACUUAAACUAUUUAUAAGAGGUCACGUAGUCACAAUACGUGAAUUGAAAAGUACCAAUACUUUUUGUGCACAGACUACAAAAUGAGACUGUGGGGUGGGGGGGG